AUGGUCACCCACGUGGUGCAUGGUUGAUUAAACUAUUACAGUAGAACCUCGAUUUUAUCCGGCAGGCUAUAUAGCCUCGAUCCCAGGCUGCACUUCCCACUGGGGAAAAAGGCCGGAUAAUAGCCUUGAUCCCAGGCCGAGUUUUCGCUUUUAUAACUGUUAGGCAACAACUAGGCCUGGUAUUAGUUGUCUGCGCAUGCGUCAGUCGUUCGUCAGAUUCUGACGAAUGGAUAUUUUCGUUCACUUUCGUGACAUUUAUAUUCGUGUACUAUCGUGUACUACACAACCAAAAAUCCACGUACCGUAUAGCGCGAAAUUUUCGAGGUACUUAUAUUUCGUGGAUUGGCCUCUAAAAGCCAUUUUGUUGCACAAUGUUCGCGGAAUGACUGCUUACCGGAAGCCACGCCUUUAAAUAUUUUCAUGAUAGCAGGUAAUUCUUAUUAACGAACACUUUUCGUGGACUUAAUUAUCAAUCAAAAAUGAGAUGAAGAAGAUAGGUACAAAUAAACAUGAUUCAAUUUUAAGGGACAACAAUGAAGCAGUGAAACGAUUCAGCUGGGAGACAGUGAGAUUGGAGCUUUAUAAGAUGGUUCCAACUCUCAUGUCACUGCUUUCGCUGCUGAUACCAAACCCAGAAAACCGUAUACCCCUUAUUUGCACUAUUGCAUCCCAAUUGUUGAAGUGCAGGCAUCAACACCUAUCGUUAGUCCAGAGGGUUGUUUCCGUCAUGUUGUAUGGACAUGGAACUCACAAGCAGGUGUUCAGCAAUCUGCAGCCACUGAACUUAUGCCUCUCCCACAAAGGAUCGCUGAACAUUGUGAGAGGUAUUUCUCAAGACUAUGACGUUGAAGUACAAGAGUGGCGGGACAAGUUGAUUGAGAGAAUCCCCAAACCCACUGCGGAUGUAUCGUAUCGAUCGCUGACACUACCAUCACAAACCGCUACUGAUGCGAACUACUCCCUGACAGAACAGGAUGUACCUCUGAGCGAGCUUAACGCAAGCUUCUCAUCUGAUGACUAUAGUCAUCCAGAUUUUAGUCCGAUUACAUCUGUUGAGGAUAAUGAGGUGGAUGAGAACGUAGCAGAUGAUCUGGAGACCAGUUUAAUCGUUGAUGAUCCUCAGAAUCCAAGUGACCAGUCCCAGCCAACAUCAAGUUCCACUUUCACCUGGACUGGAUUUAAAUUUGUUGGGGACAACCUCGAUAAGAGGGUGAAGCCACGGUAUCAAAGAGCAGAUAUGAGAGGCCAUGAAGGGCACUAUUUUCAUGGUUUUGCUGUUCGUGAUAGAAUAGAUAUGUGCAGGUUUUCAGAAGAGAAACCAUCUCGAGUUGAACCACAGGCAUCAGAGCUACUAGCCUCCAGUGAUGACGUCUCAGCUUACAAAACGGAGUUGGAGAUACUAAUUUCACGAAUACUAGUUGAGCACAUGGGAGAUGUAUUUGACAGUGAGAAGAAAAAUGUCAUGAAACACAUCCCCAGUAAAUACUCGGAGGAAAUGGCAUCUUCAUCGAAAACGGUUCCGCUUAGUGUAUUGCUUCUUAAUGAGAAUAAGCUGGAGGAGAUGAGCCAAUUUUGAAGCACUACAUGGAGCUGGUCCCUACUUUGUCUUGUGAAGGCAAAUUUACUCUUGGGAACGGAACCACUAUCACGUUCGACGAUACAAGGCUAUGGGAAGUGCUUUUUGGAGGAGAUCAAUUAACGGUAGCCAGAAUUCGUGGAACACAGACUCUGAGGGACACCGAGGAAAGCCCUGGAGAUUGGCUUGAGGGCAUCAUCCCUGUGGUGGAGGACUGGCACACUAGGAUGACCUUCUUGAGGCUUGUCUGGGGGCGUCACUAUAGUAAAGAGUCUACCCGGGAAGUAGGCACCAUGUAUCAGCUUCGAAAUCUAAUAUGCAGGAAUGUUGUACCAGCUGACCCGGAGAAGAACAUGAAUGCAGCCGAAGACUUUAUGCUCCUCCUUGUACAUUGCCAUGUCACAGCAGCUGCACAUCAUUUAAUGCAAAAGAAAGCUCACAAUUUGGCCACGUUAACCAAGGAGAUGAUCGAUACGUUUGUGCAUUUUCAAGAUGUUUCUCAGAUUGGUCAAACAACACCCGAUUCUAAUGAUAAGGUGCACCUAUACGCCACAGAGCUUCUCUCGUUGGGUCUUCUUUGGUAUGGGUUUCACGAUGCUGUAAGGGAGGCAGAUGGAGACCGCAUAUUAAGAUACUGGAAGCUGCUUUUGGUGCCUUUCAAAUCAUCAGCGCAUAGGAAUUAUGCCAAAGAAGCAGUGAAUAUUCUUUUUCAGUAUCAUUAUGUAUUUUCUGAGAGGCAAAAGAUGCAGUUGCUGUGGAGCAGGUGUGUUAACACAAGAGGUUACAAAGGUGCUAACAUACCAUGUGAUUUAUACAUGGAGCAUCUCAAUCGAAGAUUGAAGACAGUUGUUCGUGGCAUGGGCUCCAAUGUGUCACCAGAUAAAAUACAGAGAGCUGGGAAAACACUACAGCCGAUACAAACUGUGUGCGAAGCAUUUGAGAAAGAGACUACCAAUGAAAUACGAAGUGAUAGGCAUCCCUAUCCAUCUUUUGAAAAAGAUUUUAAGCUAAUUUUUGAUACACUGAUCAAAAACAAAGUGUUUAGCAAUGUUCCUGGCCGAAACCAUCCCAGUUAUAAAUUCAAGAAAAGUAUUUUCAAACUGAACUCCAGAAAUGAACUUAUAAAAAAAUUAACACAACCUUAAAGAAGCUAGUCUAGAAUAAUACUUUGCAUGUUGUGUGUAAUGUAAUCAUGAGUUCGUUGCAAUAAAGCCACAAAUGUCACAACAACUACUACCUUCUACGUUAAUACUGUCUUCUUUGUAAUAUAAAAAAUCUUUAAAAAGUAAACGACGUCUACACAUGCUACUGUUUAAAACAUAGUCUUUCAUUUUCUUACUAGCAUAUCUUCCUCCUUUUCCUGCAAAUAGUAUUGCUUGUGAGGGUUGUCCAUCCCUGCCACUACGCCCAGUUUCUUGUACAUACUCCUCAACUGAUGAAGGCAUACCCCAAUGAAUAAUGGUUCGUAUGUCUGGGCAGUCAAUACCCAAUCCGAAAGCUGUUGUGGCAAUCACUAAACGUAAUGUGUUGUCAACUGAGGUGAAAGAAUUCAACACAUCUUCUUUUUUGCUAACAGAAAGCAUCUAGUAAACAUGUCAACUAGUCGAUGACCUUUAACAUUGGGACUGCAUCCAGGUGGAUCAGUUAUAUAGGAUCCGAGACUGCACUUAAUCACCAUAUAUAAAGAUGAGCAAUCGGCAUAACUUCGUACGUAAAUCACUGUUUUAGGGUAUGACUUCCGUUUUCCUCGAAUUUCAUCAGCAAUUUUGUCACCAAGGCUUUCUUCAACGUCAAUCUUAGAGUGAACCUCAUAAGAAAUAUUGUCUCGGAAAGGAGGGGAGGCAAUUAAAGUAGGAUCGUCCAUACAUAACCUUCUACUGACAAUGUAAAAUGUUUCUGUUGUGCGUGAACACCGACAUUGUCUGGAAUGAGGCUCCUUAAAUCUCCAAUAUCCGAAAAAGCGACUAGAAAAUCAUCUCCCCAGGUUUUAACACAGUGGGCUUCAUCAACUACUACUGCAACGAGAUUCUUUAUAUACGGUGGUGACAGAAGCAUAUUUCGAAAAAUACCCUUCGCUAA